AUGGCGGGCACGGGAGGGCCCGUAGGGCCCGGGGAGGGGGCGGCGACGGCAGCAGGGGCGGCCGAGGCUGUGGUGGUGGUGCUGGGCGCCGGCAUGACCGUGCUCAGCCACCCGCUGCUCUAUGUCAAGCUGCUUAUCCAGGUUGGGCACGAACCGCUGCCUCCCACCGUGGGGACCAACUUGCUGGGGAGAAAAGUCCUCUACCUGCCUGGCUUCUUCACCUAUGCCAGGCAUAUCGUGCAAGUGGACGGGAAGAGGGGCCUGUUCCGAGGCCUCAGCCCCCAGCUGGUAUCCAGCGUCCUCUCCACAGUGACCCGGGGCGGAGUGAAGAAGGCCUUCCCCCAGGAGGAAGUGGAGCACGUAUCCAAUAAGGAUGAUGUGAAGACGUCCCUGAGAAAAGUGGUGAAAGAGACCUCCCACGAGAUGGUGAUGCAGUGUGUGUCCCGGGUGCUCGCUCAUCCUCUGCACGUCAUCUCGAUGCGCUGCAUGGUCCAGUUUGUGGGUCGGGAGUGCAAGUACAGCGGUGUGCUCGGCUCCAUCGGGAAGAUUUUCAGGGAGGAGGGGCUGCUGGGAUUCUUCGUCGGUCUGGUCCCCCACCUCCUGGGAGACCUCGUCUUCUUGUGGUGCUGCAACCUGGUGGCCCACUUCAUCAACGCCUACAUGGUGGAUGACAGCUUCAGCCACGUGUCCAUCAUCCGCAGCUACACCAAGUUUGUGAUGGGGAUUGCAAUGAGUGUGCUGACCUACCCUUUCCUGCUGGUGGGCGACCUCAUGGCCGUGAACAACUGUGGGUUGCUGGCCGGCCUUCCUCCUUACUCUCCUGUAUUUCACUCCUGGAUGCAGUGCUGGAGACACCUGAGUAUGCAGGGCCAGCUCUUUCGGGGAUCGAGUCUACUUUUCCGCCGGGUCUCCGCAGCAGCGAGCCUCUCCCUGGACUAAGUGGAAGUGGUUUCGGUGUAGUAAUAAUAACGGACCUAUUACCUCCGCCAGCUGGAGCGGGCCAGCCCGCAGGGGCUCGGAAGAACCAGGGAGACGGGGGGUGCCUGACCUUUCUCUUCUCCAGCCGGCCCGAGGACCAGACCUAAUCCCCCUCCCCAACCUCCCCUUGCUGCCCGAGCCCGGGAGGACCUCCGCGACCGGGCCGGAGACCGUGGCCAGGACGACAGCACCGGGAGUCAGGGAGGAGAUGGUGAAGGGCGAGGGCUGGGAGACUGGUGGAGCUAAGUGGGUUGGGCUACGGGGUCUGUGCCGGCGAGCCCCUCUGCUGGCCCGGGUGACCCAGAGCGUAACGGGGCCGGGCGCCCGUGGCCCCGUUGCCCGUUCCGGGGUCUGUGGCGGGAAGCGGGUGGGCUGAGAGACGUAAUGGGGCCGAGCUCCAGCCCCUCACUCACUGUGGGAGGCUUUGCUUCAGAGGGAUGGGCAAACGGUCCCUGUCUGCAGCCACUCAAGCCCCUCGUGGAGGGCUAAAAGGCAGGGAAAUGGGGAAAUGCAGUCUCUUCCUCUUCCCUCUCCUUCCCCAUCUACACACGUGCCCCCUUCCCCUUCCUCUCUCCCUCCCCCUACCCUGGUACGUGGGCUGAAGUCCUGCCAGGUGGCUGGGGAAGAGCCAAGGGGGUUGGUCUUUCAGUGAAACCUGGCCUGCCCCUCCCCGAGUCCUUCUGAGCUCUGCAGACUCAACUUGAGCCCAGGCAGGGAAAAGAUUUGCGGGGGUCCGGUGGGCGAUGGCUAGAGGGGGCAGCCCAGCAGUCCCGGUGUCCCAGUCAGCUGUCCCACAUGGGACAUCUCCAUUGCUCAGUGGGGGUGAAAGUCCUGAUGGUGAUGGGCUUCCCAUUAGUCACCUGGCCCUAGGCCCGGGCUGGCUUCGGGGCUGCUGCGGUGGUGACCCGGCUUGGGUCCCGCUUAUCACUCACAUCUCUUUGUUUCCUUGGUGUUCCCCGCCCGGUCGGUUCUUGCCCUCAGCUCUGCCCCGAACUGUGGAACUCCUUCCCCGCUCAGUUGGGCAGCAUCGGGAACAAGCUGAAGCGGGUUCCAGUCCGGGCAGCCCCUCCUCAUCCCCAGUGGCUCGUCUGAAAAAGCCAUCCGGGCUCCAAAGACUGUAAUUCCACCUGUAAAUAAACCCUGGAGCCGCCUCUGCUCGGUGUCCAUCUUGCUCAUCUCAGGGCUAGGUUGGCUUCUCGUCCCUGGCAGCCUGAGGCCUGGGAUCUCUAGACAGCGGGGGGCUGCUUUGAACAGCUGUUCCCCCAUCCUCCUUGCCCCCCUUCUGUCAAGGAUCUGUUCUUCGGCACCCCUUUUGGGGGUGGGGGACAGCCAGAGGACCGGUGAGCCAGUCCGGGGACUAGCUGGGGAGAGGCCCCUGGCUCGGCCUGGGUGGGAAAAAGCCCCCUCUACUCGCCAUUGUCCAGUCCCCGUGGCAUCAGAGGUCUCACUGGUGUGUGUGGAGAAGCAGGGGCCCAGAUGGAUGGGGCCACUGGGGUUGGGAGGAGGGA